AUGGCACCACAACUAGAAUCCUUCUUCAAAAAGGUGGACGAGCUGGCCGAAUCCUUCAUUGAUCGUCUGCGACACGCCGUGGCAAUUCCGUCCGUAUCUGCUGAUCCAGAGAGACGAGAAGAAGUUGUACGGAUGGGCCGGUUUCUGGCCUCGGAGCUCGAAGCCUUGGGUGCAGAGGUGCACCAAAGACCUUUGGGGAGGCAGCGCGGUAUCGACUUGGACCUGCCACCGGUCGUCAUUGCUCGAUAUGGCCAUGACAAGGCGAAGCGCACGAUCUUGGUCUACGGACAUUAUGACGUGCAACCCGCCCUACGCGAAGAUGGUUGGACAACACCGCCAUUUGAGCUGACCAUCGACGAUGAGGGUCGUAUGUUCGGGCGAGGGAGUACCGACGACAAGGGGCCCGUCCUCGGCUGGCUGAAUGCGAUACAGGCGCAUCAACAGAUCGGCCUUGAAUUGCCCGUCAACAUUUUAUUUUGUUUUGAGGGUAUGGAGGAGUAUGGGUCUGAAGGACUAGAAGAGUUUAUCAAGGCCGAGACAGACCAAUUCUUCAAGGAUACCGACGUUGUCUGUAUUUCCGACAACUACUGGUUGAGUACGGGGAAACCCUGCUUGACAUAUGGCCUACGAGGAUGUAACUACUACUCGUUGGUGAUAUCUGGCCCAAGCCAGGAUUUACACUCGGGUGUGUUUGGCGGGGCCGCUCAGGAGCCGAUGACGGACCUAAUACACGUUCUGGGUAGGCUGGUCGACACUGAUGGGCAAAUUCUCAUUCCUGGCAUCAAGGAAAUGGUCGCACCAUUGACCAACGAGGAGAAGGCGCUAUACGACGGCAUCGACUACACAAUGGACGACCUGUAUGAGUCGCUCGGCAGCAGGACGAGUGCCUUUCCAGACCCAACUCGUACGCUAAUGGCUCGUUGGCGGUACCCUGCGCUCUCGCUACAUGGCAUCGAAGGUGCAUUUUCUGCUACAGGCGCGAAGACCGUCAUUCCGGCGAAAGUGACGGGCAAGUUCUCCAUGCGUACUGUCCCUGACAUGACCAACGUCAACGAGCUGGUAUUUCAGUAUGUUCGCGAUGAGUUUGCGAAGCUAAAUUCCAAGAAUACUCUCGAUGUCUACUGUCAACACGAAGGCAAGUGGUGGAUUACUAGCCCUGGGCAUUGGAACUUUACUGCUGCCAGCAAAGCUGUCACCGCUGUCUUCGGUGUUAAGCCAGACAUGACCCGCGAAGGCGGCAGUCUCCCCAUUGUCACCACUUUCGCAAACGUCAUGGACAAGAACGUCCUUCUCCUACCCAUGGGCCGAAGCACCGACGCCGCACACAGCAUCAACGAGAAACUCGACCGGCGGAACUUCAUCGAGGGGACGAAGCUUCUAGGCGCUUACUUACACUAUGCUGCUGAGGAGCCUCUCGUCGAGGCUUCAGAACACCAUCACCGGCAGGACGGGAAGGAGGUGAAAAAGAGUGGUGGCAGGUCUGCACACAACGUACCCAAGAUACUACAUCUGUAG